UUAUAUUUUAUUAUAUAUUAUUGUAUAUUUUAACAUAUUUGUGAGCUCUGUGGUGUAUGCUACUGAUAAACCUUCAUUUCUUUCUUACUUUUUUUUUCUAUCUCUGCAUAAAGAUUUCACACUUUGGUGCACAGUAUUUAUGUUUAAACUCACUUUUCUUGUUUUGUUCCUAUGUUUAAUAUUUUGUUCUCCAGUCGAUCUGUAUUUUUUUUAUGUAUGUUUCAGGCUUUCGAUGGCCUGUUGGCACAGUGUGGUACCGUAGAAAACUGUGAACAAGUCAACACAGAGAGUGAGACUGCAGUGGUUAAUGUUACAUAUGCAUCCCGGGAACACGCGAGGCAAGCUAUCCAGAAACUGAACGGCUAUCAGUUGGAGAACAACACCCUGCGCGUCUCCUACAUCCCUGAUGAGACCUCUGACAUGGAGGGGGGCCAGCGGGGGACCGAUAACGGUCGGCGCCCCAGCUACGGACCCCGUGGGGGAGUCCGUGGCGGGUCCCCGAGCUCUGGAAUGCCUCCCAAACCUCCGCACGCCGACAUCCCUCUCAGACUGCUGGUCCCCACCCAGUACGUCGGAGCCAUCAUCGGCAAGGAGGGCGCCACCAUCCGCAACAUCACUAAGCAGACACAGAGCAAGAUUGAUGUUCACCGUAAGGAGAAUGCUGGUGCUGCUGAGAAGCCCAUCAGCAUCCACUCCACUCCCGAGGGCUGCUCCGCCGCUUGCCGCAUGAUCCUGGAGAUCAUGCACCAGGAGGCUAAAGACACAAAGACCGCUGACGAGGUUCCUCUGAAGGUUCUGGCUCACAACAACUUUGUCGGCCGCCUCAUUGGGAAGGAGGGACGGAACCUGAAGAAAGUGGAGCAGGACACAGACACCAAGAUAACCAUCUCCCCUCUCCAGGACCUGACCCUGUACAACCCAGAGAGAACCAUCACUGUCAAAGGCUCCAUUGAUGCCUGCUGUCAGGCUGAAGUGGAGAUCAUGAAGAAAGUCAGAGAGGCCUAUGAGAAUGACAUCGCUGCUAUGAAUCAACAAACCCACCUAAUCCCUGGACUCAACCUGGGUGCACUGGGCCUCUUCCCACCUUCCUCUAACAUGCCCCCUCCACCUCCUGGGAAUGCAGCUGGCAGCGCCCCCUAUGGCUCAUUUGGGGCCCCAGAGCAGGAGACAGUCCAUGUCUACAUCCCAGCCCAGGCUGUCGGGGCCAUUAUCGGCAAGAAAGGACAACACAUCAAACAGCUGAGCCGCUUCGCCGGAGCCUCCAUCAAGAUUGCACCAGCUGAAACUCCAGACUCUAAAAUGAGGAUGGUGAUUGUGACAGGACCCCCUGAGGCUCAGUUUAAGGCUCAGGGCAGAAUCUAUGGCAAACUGAAAGAGGAGAAUUUCUUUGGGCCAAAAGAGGAAGUCAAGCUGGAGACUCACAUCAAGAUGGCCGCCGCCGCUGCAGGAAGAGUCAUUGGUAAAGGAGGCAAGACGGUGAAUGAGCUGCAGAACCUGACAGCAGCUGAGGUGGUGGUCCCCAGAGAACAGACCCCCGAUGAAAACGACCAGGUCAUCGUCAAGAUCAAUGGACAUUUCUAUGCCAGCCAGCUGGCUCAGAGGAAGAUCCGRGACAUCCUGACCCAGGUCAAAAUGUCCCAGAAAGGCGGGAUGGGCGUGAGCGCCAGCCCCCACCCUCAGGGCUUCACCGAGAUGGGCAGCCCGACACAAGGACUGACUCAGGAACACCAGCCACGCAGGAAGUGAGGGUCCCUCACACGACGUGGGCCCCCCCAGCCCCUGCCUGYCGCACACGUGCACAGACAGACUGACGGACAAACACAGGAGAGUGACACACAGACCCGGAGAAGAGAGCAGACAGAAGAAUAAAAAAAAUCAAAGAUGAAAGRAAUAUUAAACAAAUGAUUAUAAAGGUUAAAGAAACUUGAAAACUGAGACCCAGUGCCAGGCCAGAGGAAAGACUGAGUGCAGAUGGAGGGAUGAAACACAACAGGGAUGGAGAGGAGGGGGGGCGGAGUCUUCCUGGUGCAGCCAGCUCCUCCUCCUGCUGCAGGGGGCUUUAAAACAACACGGCUCRUUCUUUUCUGACCGAGUUUUGUUAAAAACCACCUGCAGAUGAACGAGGAGGACCACCAGGAGUGAUGAACCCUCUCCCUCUCUGGACACACCUCUCCGACCAUCUGCACUCAGUCCUUUAUUUUAAAGGUGGUUUUUUUUUAAACAUAGAGAUAUAUGUAUAGAAAUGUUUUAUUCAGAGCUAUUAUUGAUAGAAUGCAGUGAGGCCAAGCCAGGAGAGGAAGUGAGGAAACUGCUGCAAAAGCUCAGGAGUUGUUGUUGGUGGUKGGGGGGGUACCUCCAGGCUACACGGUGAGCGACAAAGAGGGGCCGCAGAUGUUAACACUGCUCUUUACACACCUCUCUGAACAGCAGAGAGAGUCGAAGAAAAUAUGAGGUUGUAAAUAUCUAAUCUUCAUGUUAACGAUGACGCUGCGUCGGACCACCGUGCCUUUUAUUUUCUAUUUUUUUUAGAUUAUUGGGGUUGUUCUGUGUGGGCGGGGCCUCUGCRCGAGGCACCCAUUCCCACACGUUGCUGUGUGGUGGACGGCGCAGCCAGAGACAGGAAGGGAGGCGGCAGUCGCAGCCGAGGCCUGCAGUUCUAAUGCAGGGCUCAGCUGGCCCGGGUCAGAGACCAACUACUGCCAGCAGCUAUGCCCGCUGGCCUGCAGCCCGCCCUUUAUAUGGCAUAUUUUAUAUAUAUUAUAUAUAUAUGAUAUGUGAGUUAGCCCGGCCCCUCGGGUGCACCGUGUUGAAGCCAGGGAGGGGAGUGUGUGGUUCUGCUGCAUCAGUAAGCCCUGCAGUGACAGACAGACUGAGUGUCUGAGCUUCUCUGAUCACUGCACUCUCCCUGCACAGGAUGUUCAUGUUUAGGAAGACGUUCUCCUCCGUGUUUGGAAACAUCCCUGCACUGAAAGAUAAAAACUGCCUCUGAGGAGACAAUCGGCCUCAGUCUUCCAAAACUCCUCACCGUGAGCUCAGCAGUCGUUUUUUUUAAAGAUCCGACUGGAUCAGAAGCAGUUUCUGGGWUUUCCUCUCCUGCUCUGCCAAAGGCCUGUGGGCGAAGCCUCCACACCCUGCCUGCGUAUGAUAAUGAGGGUUUGGGUCGACGCUUUAGCCCAGAUUAGAACAGAUUAAAGAA